AUGUCGCCUGAAGCACAACAAAUGCACCGACACCAUCCAUGGGACCUGCACGCCACCGCUCAGGUCGCGCCGUGCCGGCCCCUGCAUGUGAGGGAACGAGAUGGCCCUACUGUCGGUCGCUCCGGGCAAACUAGGAAGGCAACAAGGAAUGCACUGCUGAUUAUUGCUGCUUGCAGCAUCGUUUUGGUGGCUGGGAUCAUCGUUCUCCUCCGGCGUCGUUGCCUCUUCCCUGACAGGCAAAGCAUACAGCUUGGCAGCUUGGGGCCAAGGCAAUUUUCACCGAGGCAGCUCAAGCGUGCGACCAACAACUUUUCACAUCUGUUGGGUAAAGGUGCAUUUGGUCUUGUCUACAAGGGGACCUUGGAAGACAAGGAGGUGGCUGUAAAGAAACUAAGUCGCCGCAUGGUUGGAGUCGGAGCGACCGACUUCGGCAACGAAGCCAGGCUCCUCAUGGCGAUUAAGCAUAAGAAUCUGGUGAAGCUGUUGGGGUAUUGCAACAGAGGCGAGAACAGGUUGCUUUGUUUGGAGUAUCUCUCCGGUGGAAGCCUCGACAAGCUAAUCUAUGCUAAGACGCCCGGAGGAGGAGGACUUGACUGGUGCGCACGAUACCAAGUAGUACAAGGAAUAUGUUCGGGCUUGCAAUAUCUUCAUCAUGAAUUGGACCCUGAACAGAGGAUCGUGCACAUGGAUCUAAAGGCGAGCAACGUGCUGAUCAGCCGUAACGAGCGCGGAGACAUCACCAAUGUAAAAAUCGCGGAUUUCGGCCUGUCAAAGCUCUUCAGAGCGGACCUUACACACUCCUACACUGAACUGGUCAUUGGUCUAAAGGCGUACAUGGCCCCGGAAUACCUUAGCAGGGGCAGGAUCUCAGCCAAGGUGGACAUAUAUUGUUUCGGCGUUCUUAUUCUGGAGAUAGUCACUGGCGACUGCGCCAACGUGAAUGAUUCCUCGGUCGAAUUCAUCGACCGGGUGCGCAGGGAGUGGGGCAACGGAGACGUGAGAAGGAUCACGGUGGAAAGCUGCUCCGACGACUGCAUUCCACAAGCUCGCAACUGCAUCGAUAUAGCGCUGGACUGCAUCCAGGAAGACCCCGACCGCAGGCCGGACGCGACAGAGAUAGGCCAGCGGCUCUCGCUUUCUCGUACCUGCGGCACAGUCCAUGCGAUGCAAGCUAUAAGCAUCGACCGAACUCAAGUAUAA